UAUAGUCAAAUCUCAAUGCCCUCAUUCUCCAAAUACGAAACACCAGAGCCUUUCAAAUGCUCCAGGAUAAAUCUAAGAGAAUUUCGUUUUUUGCAAACAAUGAUAUUUGCUAUUGAAGAAAUUAACAACAGCAGCAUCCUACUGCCUAAUGUUUCAAUUGGAUAUAAGGCAUUUGAUAGUUGUGGUUCAACAUUACCUUCAACACAUGCAGUAAUGGGUUUAAUAAAUGGAGAGGAUAAGACUUGGAGUAAAAACUGUUCUUCUGUUCAUGCCAUCAUCGGGGCCUCUGAAUCCUCUUCAACAAUUGCAAUGCAACAGAUUUCAGGGGUUUUCCAAAUACCUAUGAUUAGCCACUUUGCAACAUGUGCUUGUCUCAGUAACAGAAAGGAGUAUCCCUUUUUCUUCAGAACCAUUCCCAGUGACUACUACCAGAGUAGAGCACUGGCUAAACUGGUAAAACACUUUGGAUGGACAUGGGUUGGAGCAGUGAGAAGUGAUAAUGACUAUGGUAAUAAUGGGAUGGCAACUUUUAUUGAAGCUGCCAGUAAAGAGGGGAUUUGUGUUGAAUACUCUGAGACCAUCUCAAGAACUGGUUCUAGAGAACACAUUGAGAAGGCAGUAAGAGUAAUACAAAGAGGCACAGCAAAUGUUUUAGUUGCAUUCCUGGCCCAAGGUGAAAUGGAUGUUUUGCUCGAGGAAGUUCUGAAGCAAAAUGUAACUGGGUUGCAGUGGGUCGGCAGUGAAUCUUGGAUCACAGCAAAUUACUUGGCUAAGAAGAGGUACUCUGGGAUUUUAACUGGGUCACUGGGCUUUGCAAUAGGAAAGGCAAAAAUCCCAGGGUUACAAGAAUUUCUCUUCAAGGAGUUCUGGGAAACAACCUUUGGAUGCAGUUUUCAGUCCAGUGUGCCUGGAACAAAAUUAUGUUCUGGCUCUGAGAGACUUCAGGAUGCAGACAAUGCUUUUACAGAUGUAUCAGAGCUGAGGAUAUCCAAUAAUGUGUAUAAGGCUGUGUAUGCUGUUGCUCAUGCCUUGCAAUACAUGGCAAAAUGUGGAUCAAGUCAUAACUUAAUAUCUCACUCGUGUAUCUUAAAAGACCAUUCAGAGCCAAGACAGGUUGCAAAACAACUCCAGAAUGUUAAUUUUACACUUGAGUCUGGAGAGCAAGUGUACUUUGAUGAAAAUGGGGACCCUGUUGCAACCUAUGAACUUGUGAACUGGCAGAGAAACCAUGCAGGAGGUAUUGUGUUCAUGACUGUGGGGAAGUAUGAUGCUUCCCAACCAAACGGGAAUGAGUUUACCAUGAACAACGUAAAUAUAACAUGGGCUGCAGAAUCCUGGGAGAAGCCACUGUCCGUCUGCAGUGAGAAUUGCCUGCAAGGUUUCCGACAGGCAGCAAUCAAAGGCAAACCAAUCUGUUGCUUCUCAUGUGUCCCGUGUGCUGGUGGAGAAAUCAGCGAUACCAACAAUUCUGCAGAGUGUUCACAGUGUCCACCGGAGUACUGGUCAAAUAUCGAUCACAGCAAAUGUGUUCCAAAGGUGAUUGAGUUCCUGUCAUAUGGAGAAACUAUGGGAGCCCUCCUCACUGCCUUUUCAUUAUGUGGAGCAAGUUUAACACUUGCGGUCUUGUGUGUGUUUUUUAAUUUCCGUCACACACCUCUUGUCAAAGCCAGUAAUUCUGAGCUAAGUUUCCUGCUACUCUUCUCCUUGACUCUGUGUUUCCUUUGCUCUCUGACUUUCAUUGGCCAGCCCACUGAGUGGUCAUGCAUGCUUCGUCAUACAGCUUUUGGCAUAGCUUUUGCUCUGUGUAUUUCAUGUAUUCUUGCUAAAACUAUAACUGUUGUGAUGGCCUUUAAAGCUAAAAGACCAGUAAAUACAGUUCCUCAGUGUUCAGCUUCCCUUCAGAGAACAAGUGUUCUUGGCUGUACUUUAAUUCAAGUGCUAAUUUGUGUUAUAUGGCUAGCUUUUGAUCCACCAUUUCCACACAAGAACAUGGUUUAUGCAAGAGAAAAGAUUAUUCUAGAGUGUUUCUUAGGGUCACCUAUAGCAUUUUGGGCUGUGAUGGCAUACAUAGGACUUCUGGCUCUGCUCUGCUUUGGCUUUGCUUUUUUAGCUCGGAGGUUACCUGAUAAUUUUAAUGAAGCUAAAUUUAUCACCUUCAGCAUGCUGAUAUUUAGUGCUGUCUGGCUCACAUUUAUCCCAGCAUAUGUCACUUCUCCCGGUAAGUUUACUGUAGCUGUAGAAAUAUUUGCAAUUCUAGCUUCAAGUUUUGGAUUACUUUUUUGUAUUUUUGCGCCAAAAUGUUAUAUUUUACUUCUGAAACCUGAGAGGAAUACUAAAAAAAUGUUAAUGGGAAGAAAUCAAUCAAAACACAAUAAGAGUAUGUAG